AUGGUAGACGACGACGCAGCGCUCUCUAUCCCGCUCCCAACUUCACCUCCGCCCGUCGAGCCAGCGCCCGCGAUUUACAUUGACAAGGACGUCCCAAGUCAAGUUGACGGCGAAGACGUUCUUGAGAGAAGUUCGCAGACGGUGAAAGAGGAGGAACAUGUAGCAGGUAGCGUGCCUACGCUUCCCUCAUCGAACGGCGACGCGCGCGUCGCCGAACCGCAAGUCGAAGGCGACCAGGCAACACCCGAAGCGUCUCCAACUUCACCGACUCCCCCACCGCCACCGUCGAAGCAUGAACCAGCCCCACCCGCGGAGGAACCUCCACAAGGUCCAACCACCCCUCGUCGCCCUCCACCUUUCGAUGAUAUCUCGACCAAUGGACACCCUGUCUCACGAUCGUCGACCCCCGGUACGCCGUCACUUGCACCUUCCGUAUCAUCGACACACAAGCGGUCUAUGACCAUAUCCAAAGGCCACAGCGUCUCUGUUGUGCUUGUCUCUACGGCAUUAGAAACCAUAGCAGCAUCCAAGGAAGCUAAGAAGUCGGCAUCCCUCCGUGAAAGCACUCAACAUGCCUUGGAACUGGUGCGCUCUAACCAGGGUGCAGACCAUCCGAGAGAAGUUCUUGAACCGUUAAGGUUAGCAUGCGAGACGCGGAACGAAAAGCUCAUGAUCGCAAGUUUGGACUGUAUUUCGAAACUGGUGUCUUAUUCCUUCUUCGCCGAUCACGAUGAUUCAUUGCCUUCACUCUCGUCUCCACCGGGUUCCCCCCAUCCUUCUCGUCCAGCUGGCCCCUCGGACUCUCAGGCUAGCCUCUCGCCACCUUCUCUGGUAGACAUCGUAACCCAUACGAUCACUUCUUGUCACACCGAAACGACACCAGAGACGGUGUCGCUACAGAUUGUGAAGGCUCUGCUUUCCAUGGUUCUCUCCCCCACCACCCUCGUGCAUCACUCCUCGCUCCUUAAAGCAGUCAGAACGGUGUACAACGUAUUUCUGCUUAGCAACGAUCCUGUGAACCAAAUGGUUGCCCAGGGUGGCCUUACCCAAAUGGUGCAUCACAUAUUCACUCGAUGCAAAUAUAACGCUGCGGGUAACGUGGCUCCUUCCGACCUUCCGUCUCCCCAAUCGAGGUCUGUGUUUACACCGUCCCCAAGGAUGGAGAACUUCAGUUCGAGUUCUUCUCCGAAUAUUACAUCCCAACGACUUGCCGGCGAGCAGGAGCCAGCGAGCGAGUCCUCUCAGAAUGUUUCGACAGAAGAAAAUGAUGAGCAGACGAAGUCUUCUCCCGAUCCCGCAACGCGUCAGUCCUUGGAGGAACCACCAGAACCUGCAGGUCGGGAACUUACCGUCAACGAUCUCUUCAUCAAAGACGCUUUCCUUGUGUUCCGUGCGCUAUGUAAGCUGACCAUGAAACCACUCAAUAAUGAAAGUGAACGGGACCUCAAAUCUCAUGCCAUGAGGUCGAAACUACUGUCUCUCCACCUUGUUCUGACCGUCUUGGACUCACAUAUGGCGUUGUUCGUGGACCCUUCUGCUAUGAUCUACUCGAGUUCGCAUCACGAAGCGACUACGUUUAUCCAAGCCGUCAACCAAUAUCUUUGCCUCUGUUUGAGUCGAAAUGCGGUCAGCUCAGUGCCUCAAGUGUUCGAAGUCAGCGUGGAGAUCUUUUGGCGAGUUCUUUCUGGAAUGCGAACCAAGUUAAAGAAAGAGAUUGAAGUACUUCUCCACGAGAUCUUUGUUCCUAUCCUCGAGAUGAAGACGUCUUCCCUCAAGCAAAAGUCGGUCAUUUUGGCUAUGCUUUCUAGGCUGUGCCAAGAGCCCCAGGCUUUAGUUGAAAUAUACCUCAACUACGACUGUGACAGCGAUGCCGCCGACAACAUCUACGAGCACCUUAUGAACAUCAUUUCCAAGAUCGCAUCUCACCCAGCAUCAGCGAAUCUCAAGCCAAACGACCCAGCCACAAGCCCUGCGGUUACUCCUACGACAAAGUCCCAUGGGCCAGGCGCGCAUGUCCAACUCGCCACCCCUUCCCUCACGGUCUCAGGAUCCAUGGAUACUUCGGUACUUGGGCUUUCAGAGGGGCAGUUGAAGAGACAGGGGCUAGAAUGCCUGGUAACGGUGUUGAGAUCCCUCGUGUCCUGGGGAACUGCCAGCAAGGUUUCUGACGAUGCACUGACGGCAGCAUCCUUACGAUCACAGACAGGGGAGGAUAUCAAGUCCGACAGCGGGAUGGGUGAUACAGCAAGCAGUAGGCUCUCGACGGCGGGUGCAAGCGUUGAUAAUUUCCGGCUACCCACCCCUGACCUUUCCGACGAUCCUACCAAGUUUGAGAGCGCGAAGCAGAAGAAGACUAUACUGCUAGAAGGUAUCAAGAAGUUCAACUUCAAACCCAAGCGCGGCAUUCAAUUCUUGAUUGACAAUGGCCUCAUCCCGAGUAAAGCUCCGCUGGACAUCGCCGACUUUCUGUUAAGCACGGAUGGACUGAGUAAGGCAAUGAUAGGUGAAUACCUUGGAGAGGGAGAAGAAGAAAACAUCGCUAUCAUGCAUGCUUUCGUCGACCGUCUGGAUUUCAAGAACCUUCCCUUCGUAGAUGCCUUGCGAUUAUUCCUGCAGUCCUUCCGUCUCCCCGGAGAAGCUCAAAAAAUCGAUCGAUAUAUGUUGAAAUUUGCCGAACGGUUUAUUGCAGGCAACCCACAAUCAGACUUUGCUAAUGCCGAUGGUGCAUACGUAUUAGCCUAUUCGGUCAUCUUGCUCAAUACGGAUGCUCAUAACCCGCAAGUCAAGAAGCGCAUGACAAAGGCCGACUUCGUUAAGAACAACCGGGGGAUUAACGACAAUUCCGACCUUCCCGAGGAAUUCCUCCAUACUAUCUACGACGAUAUUGUGAAUAACGAGAUCAAGAUGAAGGAUGAAGUUGAUAGUCCGAGUAUUGCCGUCUCUGGGUCUGGACUCGCCAACGCGCUGGCGAAUGUGGGAAGAGAUCUCCAGAAGGAAGCGUAUGUCGUCCAAUCGAAUGGUAUGGCGAACAAGACAGAGGCUCUCUUCAAAACCAUGGUACGGUCACAACGCAAAGGAUCUAAGCACGGCGAACAAUUCUUCAGCGCGUCCCACUUCAUUCACGUUCGCCCCAUGUUCGAAGUCGCUUGGAUCCCAUUCCUCGCGGGUCUUUCAGGACCACUGCAAGAUACGGACGAUCUGGAGGUCGUCGAACUGUGCUUAGACGGCUUCAAAAGCGCCAUUCGGAUAGUCUGCUUCUUCGGGCUUGAGCUAGAAAGAAAUGCUUUUGUGACGACUCUCGCCAAGUUUACCUUCUUGAACAACCUUGGGGAAAUGAAAACAAAAAAUAUGGAGGCUAUCAAGACGCUGCUUGACAUCGCUGUGACCGAGGGCAACAACCUGAAAGGAUCUUGGCACGAGGUUCUGACCUGUGUUAGUCAACUUGAACAUAUGCAGUUGAUUAGUAGCGGCGUGGAUUUGCCAGAGCCAAAGAAAGGUCGCACGAAAAAACUUAACGAAGAACUCGCCAACGAAAGUCGAUCAAGACAUAUUACCGUAGCGGCGGACAUGGUGUUCUCUCUCAGUCACUACCUUUCCGGAACGGCGAUUGUCGACUUCGUCCAAGCAUUGAGCGAUGUUUCUUGGGAAGAGAUCCAAUCCUCAGGCCUUUCACAACAACCACGACUAUUUAGUUUGCAAAAACUGGUCGAGAUCUCUUACUACAAUAUGAACCGUAUUCGUCUCGAGUGGUCGAACCUAUGGGAUAUAUUGGGAGAGCACUUCAAUCAAGUGUGUUGUCAUAAUAAUCCACAUGUUGGAUUCUUUGCUCUCGACUCCCUCCGUCAACUUGCUAUGAGGUUCUUGGAGAAGGAAGAGCUCCCCCAUUUCAAGUUCCAAAAGGACUUCCUUAAACCCUUCGAGUACACUAUGGUGCAUAAUCAGAACCCUGAAGUCCGCGACAUGGUGUUACAAUGCCUUCAGCAAAUGAUUCAGGCACGAGUUCAAAACAUGAGAUCUGGCUGGCGGACAAUGUUUGGUGUCUUUUCUGCUGCGUCGAAGGUACUAACAGAACGGAUCGCUAACUCCGCUUUCGAGAUCGUCACUCGUUUGAAUAAGGACCACUUCCCGGCCAUCGUGCGUUACGGCGCCUUUGCAGAUAUGACUGUUUGUAUAACAGAAUUCUGUAAAGUGAGCAAGUACCAAAAGAUCAGUCUCCUCGCCAUCGCCAUGCUUCGAGGUGUUAUUCCUGUCAUGCUAGAGUGCUCGGAAUGCUCAUUCACGCCUGAUGGAAAACCGGAUCCGUCAGCGGACGAUCCUAUGAUUAGAUUCUGGUUCCCUGUGCUCUUCAGUUUCUACGACAUCAUCAUGAAUGGUGAAGACUUGGAAGUCCGGCGUCUGGCUCUAGACUCGCUGUUCACAACUCUCAAGACAUACGGAUCGUCCUACCCAGUCGAUUUCUGGGACACGGUUUGCCAAGAACUUCUCUUCCCCAUUUUCGCCGUCCUCAAAUCUAGUCAAGACCUCUCACGCUUCAGCACCCAAGAAGAUAUGAGUGUUUGGUUGUCAACGACCAUGAUACAAGCACUUCGAGAUCUCAUCGACUUGUAUACAUAUUACUUCGAUGUAUUGGAGAGAUUUUUGGACGGCCUUCUCGAUCUAUUGUGUGUCUGUAUAUGUCAAGAGAACGAUACUCUGGCCCGUAUUGGAACCUCUUGCCUGCAACGACUGUUGGAAGGCAACAUCAACAAGCUCAGUGUCGUGAAGUGGGAGCGCAUCAUCACGACGUUCGUCAAACUCUUCAAGACAACCACACCGCACCAGUUGUUUGACGAGCGGCUAAGGGUUGAGAUUGAUGAAGCGGGAGAAGAGAUUCCUGAAACUGAGACAAAUGGGCAAACGAUUCUACCCGCGCCGUUGACACAAGCGGCUGAAGAAUCCAAAGGAGCGAAGCCGUCUGCUGUCGAUCGCCGUCGUAUCUUCAGACAGAUCAUUGUAAAAUGUGUCUUGCAGUUACACCUCAUCGAGACCACAAACGACCUGCUCAGAAAUGACGAGGUAUAUCAAGCCAUACCCCCAGACCAACUACUGCGCUUGAUGGGGGUGCUCGACCAAAGCUAUCAGUUUGCGAGGAUGUUUAAUGAAGACAAGGAACUUCGGACGGGUCUCUGGAAAGUCGGGUUCAUGAAGCACCUCCCGAAUCUCCUCAAACAAGAGUCUAGCAGUGCAUCAACGCUAGUACAUGUCCUGCUUCGAAUGUACUAUGACCCCCGACCAGAACAUCAGACUGCCAGACCUCGCAUCGCUGACCGAUUAAUGCCGCUUGGACUCGGUGUGGUUCAGGAUUAUUGUAAACUACGGCCAGAUUCGCAAGGGAAAAACAUCAUAGCGUGGACACCUGUUGUCGCCGAAAUUUUAGGCGGGUUUUGCAAUUUCGAUGAUAAAGCAUUCCACAGAUACCUGCCAGCCACUUAUCCUCUGGCAACGGAGCUGCUUUCACGCGAUGUCACAUCAGACGUCCGAGAAAGCCUCAAAUCAUAUUUCGUCCGAGUGGGGUAUACGCAAGGCAUUAUAGAGGCUACCUCAUGA